AUGGCCUCACCCGGCGAUGUCCCGAACCCCAUGCGAUCCACUUCCUCUCUCGGUAACCCUUAUCCGACAUUUGCGACCCCCAAAGUUCCCGCCGUCAAACGUCGCGCUCCUCGUGCCAAUGGAAGUCCAGCCAGGUACGGCGAUGAGAGAGCGCACUUGAAUGGGCAUGCAACCGGUAACGCCAACGGGUCACCACCACAAGAACAGCAGGUACAGAGGCACUCGACUGCUUCAUCCGAGGACACCAACAAUACGACUGGAACCCCGGGGCCGAGUUACCCGUUGCUUGAGAAGCGGAAACUGGACAUUGCGCCCGAGAAAGAUCCCAAGCUUGAGCCCAAUCAGCAAAAGAAAGCUCGUAACGCUGUUCCGGCUAAAGAAGAGGGUUACGAGCCCAAGAAGCGUGGCCCCAAGAAGCCUACCAUUCUCAUUGAGGUUGAUGACACCAUCAUUCAGAAUUCGGUCAGGCACAACAGCGGAGACGCGAGCAUGAAUGGGCUUCGCAAUGGUCUUGCAAGCGGACAUGCGAAUGGGCAUGUGAACGAUAAUGCCAACGGGCAUACCGACGGCCAUCCCUUCGGUAACCCCACCCUCGAUAACAACAGUGGGAACAUGAACAUGGAUGAGUUCACCAAUGGUCUUACCAAUGAGCAAACGCAUGGGCAUGUGGGCAAUAAUUCUAACGGGCAUAUCAAUGGCGAUACCUUGGGUAACCUUACUGCCGAGCUUAACGCUGCUCUUGAUGAGAAUUUGGCGGAGCACAACAGCGGGGACAUGAUCAUGCUUGGGCUUCCGAAUGAGCUUGCGAAUGGACUCGUGAACGGUAGCUUCCACGGAUAUGCCGACGGUAACUUCAGCGCGUAUAUCAAUGGUGACUUCAACGGGUUUACGAAUGGCAACAUCAAUGCCAAUACCGACGGUGACUUCAACGGGUUCAUCAAUGACAACAUCAAUGGUAACGGCAACUUGGGCGACAGCGUCAACGAACUCCCUACCGCCAGUGACACCAGCGCUUACUCUGCCAUCCCUUCCUUCGGCCUCUCCUCUCUUCUUCCGCUGCGUCAACACCCCGUUCAAUCAUCAUCUCAGUCUUCCGUCGAGUUCCCUCCUAUACAGGUUGACCAAAGGCAAUGGCAAUGGAAUGGCGAUUAUUAUCAGGAGAGUGUAUUCAGCGAUGCGCAGGGAGGGAACGCCGGCAUGAACGGCAGCAUCAAUACUCCCAACUCCAAACCCAGGAGCAUCGAUGGGCAGUAG